AUGGUAAACGGCUACCAGGUGCCAGACGCUGUAUCAGAACUACAUCAAACCCGUCAUUGCUCGCUACCGCACCUCUACGGCCGUAUUUGCUUGGAGUUGGCAAAUGAGCCGCGCUGCAAACGCUGUAAGACUUCAGCCCUUACGGACUGGAUCCGCAAAACCUCCAAUUACAUCCGCUCGCUCCACUCGGACCACAUGAUCACAGUGGGGGAUAGGGAUUCAGACUCGCAGGCGAUGGAAGCUAUCCCUACCAGUUUGGCGGCUGCAAACUUCGCGUUGCCCAACAUUUCCUUCGGCACAUUCCAUUUAUGCCCAGACUCCUGGGGCGUCUCCGACUCGUUUGGCGACGGCUGGGUGGCUGCUCAUGCGAAGAUUUGCCAACAGCUCAGCAAGCCAUGCCUGUUUGAGGAGUACGGCGUAACCAAGGCUGCGGACCAUUGCCCUGUCGAAAGUGGCUGGCAACAGACCAGCCUUGGGUUGAAGGAUGUGGGUAUGGCGGGUGAUCUAUUUUGGCAGUUGAGGGACACCAUUCGGAGCACUGGGCAGCAGACUCAUAACGACGGGCAUAUGAUCUACUAUGGAAGUUCUGACUGGAAAUGUUUAGUGGACGAGCAUAUAAAAAGGAUAGGGUAA